CUCAGGAGACUUCGAACCUUCACCUCCUGCCGGAAAGCCAGAGGCUCACGGGCCUUACUAUAAUAUGCCAAACAGAAAACAAAAUACCAACCACACAACCCUCGAAAAAGACGGAAAUACACAAAAUAAGAAACAGCAUGACAACCACGUGCUCAAAGAAAACGUAAGCAAGUGUCAGAUUCCAACCCUCGAAAACAGCACAGCGACACCCUCGGUAUUCCUUGCCGUAAUCACUCUCUCUCUCUCUCUCUCUCUCGCUUCACCUUGGCGUUUGAUGGUCUCUCUCAUCAGUCAGGUUUAUUUUCUCAAAAUGGCGGCUUAAGAUGUGCAAAUGGAUUAUAUCAUGAGUCAUGGGAAACAUGUUGUACUGAUAAAAUGAGUUAAAGGUGUGAUUAUAUGUGAGCUGGAUUGAAAUACCUAAAUCCAAUCAAAAUGGAGGAUGAGAAUGGGCUUGAGCUUAGUCUAGGUCUGACUUGUGGCGGGUCAUCCGCCAUAUCAAAGGGUAAAAAUAGCAGUUUCUCAGACACUAUGACAGAUGAAGGGGAUAGAGGUAGCAAAUUGAUCAAUGAUUUCAAAAACUUUCUUCAUGGUGGGAACCAAAAACUGGAAUCUAGCAUGGGAUCUCAGAGAAGUGAUUCAAUCAAACCAGAGGAGAACUUCUUUAAUAGCAUUUCAAAAUCUGCCAUUGAUGUGGAUGCUUCCAAACUUCAAUAGUGGAGGAUUCUGGGUUACAAAUGAUACCAGAUCCACAGAAGUUGAAGAGGAAAAGAGGGCAGAGGCUGGUAACAAACGUAAAAAUUUGUUUGAUGAGAUAAACCAUCAGAAAAAGCGUGAGAGAGAAGCUCAUCAUACUGAUUUACAUGACAAGUCAAGAACAUCACAUAUUUCCAUUACCACAGAUGAAGGCUCAACUGCUGAAAAUGAAGACGUGGCAGAUUCUGAAGCCGAAGCUUCAACCUCAAGGCUGGCAUCACACCGUGAUGAUGGCUGCAAACAGUACAGUGGGGGAGGAUCCUUAUCUGAGGUUCCUAAGAAUUUUCAUUGGGUUGAUUCAAGUGGUGUAGACUUACAAGGACAACAGAUGUUUAGCAUUUCGUCAGAGAAGGAAUUUAAGAUUGGGAACAUGCCCUAUGGUGUGCAAUACCAGGCUCAAUCUGCAAACAUCAUGAAUAUGCCUUACUCAUCACUUGGGAAGGAGUCUAAUCCAAGUGGUGCACCCAUACAUCACAUGAUGCAAGUGAUGACAGCUGUAAAUAGUGAGAGACCAGGAACCCAACCUGUGCUUCCUGCCAAUGCACCAUUGAUGUUUGGUUACCCUACUGUCCAGCUUCCAAUGUUAGAGAAGGAUAAUUCCCGGGGUUUAGUCUCUCAUCCCCAACAGCUCCAUCCGUCCUACACUGGUAGGGAUCUACCAAAUUCGGGUGCUGUGCACAGAAACCUUCACAAGUCAUCUGAAGCAACUCAAUACGAUGGGACUGGGAGGACAUUAGAACGAGCCAAAGGUGAUUGGAAACAGCAUGUCACAGAAGGAGGCACUUCUUCCCAGACAGGAGAUGAAAUGAAGAAGGGCAGCAUGAUCUUCAGGCCAAAAGAUGCAUCUGACCAGCCAAGAGCAGAAGGGCUUCCUUCUGAAUUUUCAGGUAUAAGGCCAGGCAUUGCCGCAGAUUUGAAGUUUGGUGGCUGUGGUUCUUCCCCAAAUCUCCCAUGGGUUUCGACAACUGGCCCUGGCCCAAAUGGUAGGACAAUAUCAGGUGUUACUUACAGAUGUAGCGCCACCCAAAUCCGGAUUGUUUGUGCUUGCCAUGGAUUGCACAUGUCCCCUGAGGAGUUUGUUGCACAUGCUGGUGAAAAGAUAACCAAUCCAGAAUCUGGCAAUGGAUUAGCUUCGUUGCCAAGUAGCAACCCUGCUGCCUCAGCUCAAAUCUGAUUCAUAUAUAGUAUGCUUCAUCCCUUGGGAAAGACUAAGCUUUUUCUUUCCGUUAGACCGACAAACUUGACACCUGAUACAGCAAGGAAGUCUUUGGCUUUUGCACAAUACAUGUAAUAUUCCUCCUCACUUAUCAACUAUACAUCCUUAAAUAUUAUUAAUUUUCCUUUCGUCAGUUGUCCCAGCUGCUGAAAUUAGUAUAGCAUGCAUAUGUAAUUAUCCUGCAGUAAUUUAUUUGUCAAAUAAUAUUUUGCAAAUUACUUUUCUUGCUUUUGGACAAUAGAACAAAUUUUUCUUGUGUUAGUU